UUACAUUCACUUGACCACAGUACAGCUGAACCAAAAUGUCCAUCGUCGCAUCCCAAGUUAUCUUGCACCCAACCGUCUCCAAUUCGCUCAAGGUCCUCGCCACAACACUCGGACGGGACAAGGUCUACCGAGCUGUCCAAUACUUCGCUCGAUUCUUUGCUUGGUACCUUUUGUCCCGGGGCUACAAGCUCGAAGCUUCACGAUGGAACGCUUUGAAAGGUCACCUCGCCACAGGGAGGAAGCUCUUGCGUCUUGGAAAACCUGUGGAACAUCUGCAGGCUGCUCUCCGUGCAUCGCAGGGCACCGGUGAGAUCAAGGAGCAGCUCUUGACUAUCGCGAGACAAUUGGGUUAUUUCGGAUAUCUGACCUAUGAUGCUAUCGUCUGGGCAAAUUCCAUCCGUUUCCUGAUGCUCAAGCCUGAGACAGCGCAGAAAGUCAACAAGACCGCCAACCGCUUCUGGCUGGCCGGAAUCCUAUUCAGCAUCACCCAUGCCGUCUUCAAGGCAGGAAGAUUGACGCAAGAAGCUAAUGAGCUUCGUUCCAUGAACGAGAAGAACAUAGGUGGCGAGAACGCUAGAUUGUCGCAGCUGAGGGCUCUUGAAAGUGCUCGUGCAGACACCCGACAGCAGUUCGUGAUCGACAUCCUCGACCUCUGGAUCCCGGCUGCGAACGUCGGCCUUGUAAACUUCAACGACGGCAUCUUGGGUAUCUUCGGAGUCAUCACGUCCGUCUUGGCUCUCCGCUCGCAAUGGCUGUCCGUGACUGGUGCGAAAAGGGCCUGAUAUGCUGCUCUGUGCUUGAGGAAUAUUGGCCGUCUGCUUUGUCCCAUACUAUAUGCUCUCUUGUUCUGUAUUCUUGGAUGAUAAUUAUGAUAUUUGUGGUGUCCGAUGC